CAAUAUAACAUAUAACAAUCAGCUGCUUGGAUUUAUGUGACAGGAGUACUGGUCUGCUGUAAAAGCAGUUCUCUUGGAUUAACCAUGUCCUCGUAAGGUUUCGAUAGGAGGAUGGGGGACACGGACGGGGAGGAAAGCCCUGAUGUCAGGCGCCGGAAGCCGCCAGUCAAAACCAAAUUGUUUGAGAUAUUUGCAAAUUCUGUUGACAGCGGUGGUAUUUUCGGUAAGAAGUUUGCAAGUACAAGCCGCUUCGUGGUUUCAAGUAAAGUAUGGAUGAACACAAUCCCUACGCAUGACUGUGACGUGCUUCUUACAUUCCCCGCCAAAACAGACGACCACACUCUCAUGUGGCUGCUGGCAAGGCUCAGGAACCGGACACCGGAACUAGAAGUGCAUGUUCGUCACCACAGCAACACUGGCGUCUAUGGUUUCUACCUUACUGCUACAUAUGACAACUUACUCAAAGGUGCUGAAGAACUCGAGCUGAAGAAAUCCCUCAAGACAGAAUACGGCGGCGGAAUGAAAGAGUUCGAAUACAAUGACAGGGAUUGUUACCAACAUUCGGAUGAAGAGGACGUGUUCUUGACGAGUCAGGAGAGGCAGAUUAUUGUACGGCACAUGUUGUAUAAUCUUCGGGCCAUAACUGGUGAUAACCUAAAUGGCAAGAUACGCUUCCUAGAAGGCCAGGCUAUCGUGCCCAAACUUCUGACAAGGAAGGUGAUAUCUCAAGUCCUUCCAUUGCACUGCAGUAGUGAUCUGACGAACUUGAGGAAGACAUGGGUGCAGGCUUUCUUCCAAAAACAACCACUUGGUAAAAUCUGUGAAUAUUUCGGAGUAAAGAUUGCCAUGUAUUUCGCUUAUCUCGGUCAUUACACCCUUGCCCUCAUGCUACCAGCUAUAUUCGGUAUCUUCAUAUGGACAUUCCCUAGCAAGGAUCAGGAAGUUGAAGACAUCUGGUUCGUCGUCUUUGCAUUGUUCAAUGUUUUCUGGGCCACGCUGUAUCUCGAACAUUGGAAACGAAGAAGUAGUGAGUUAGCUUACCAAUGGGGAACUCUGGAUCAGGGCCCUGAACUCCUGGUAGAACCCCGGCCUCUCUUUACAGGAGAGUUGAAGGUCAACGAAGUGACCGGCCGCCAGGAGUUUUACUACCCUCCCUGGAAACGCCACCUAUUUCGCUACCUGGUGACUUUCCCUGUGAUAGCUGUUUGCCUAUUGGUUGUGUUAAUUAGUAUGCUGCUAGUGUUCCAAGUGGACGAUUGGAUGUUGGCUAAAAUAAAAGCGGGGGAUUUGCCGAAAUUUUGCAAGUUUGGCCCAAAGAUUCUCCUGGCACUGACAAUAGGUAUCCUUGAUGAUAUGUACAAGAAGAUAGCGUACUGGCUCAACGAUUCAGAAAACUACAGAGAAGAUCGAUCAUACGAAAAUCAUCUCAUCAUUAAGUUAGUUUGUUUCCAAUUCGUCAACUCAUUCCUCUCCUUGUUUUAUAUUGCGUUUUAUCUCGGAGAUAUGAAUAGAUUGAAAGAGCAACUUGCGGCCCUCCUCAUUACGCGACAAGUUGUUGGUAACUUCAAGGAAGCGCUUUUGCCGUACAUCAUUGAGAAGGUGAAGCUAUUCCAAUUAGGCUACAAGAUGACGGCAAACAUUAGCCCAGACACAUUAGAUAAGGAAAUGAUGCACAUGAUAGGCAAGAAGGCGAAGGGCAAUGGUGAUCCUUCGCUAACAGAUGACACCAACAGGGCAACCACCCCUGUCCCUGGCGGCGUGGAAGAGAUCAGCUUUCCUUCAUUAGAGAAGGAAUGCAGCACGGAGGGAGCAACGUGUCCCAAGAAGGAAGAGAACCACACACCUACCACGCAAGUCCCGCCGGAGUUUGGCUGUCUUGAUGUCUCAUACAGUGGACCUCAGCUAACUCAAGCUGAGGUGGAAUCGGCAAUGAAGUUGUAUGAUGACACGUUUGAAGAUUACUUAGAGAUGUUCAUCCAGUUUGGUUACGUUAUCCUAUUCUCAUCUGCUUUCCCCCUUGCUGCGUUAUGUGCCCUUCUCAACAAUAUCAUCGAGAUUAGAAGUGACGCGUUCAAGCUCUGUAUGACAUUCCAAAGACCUUUCGGCCAAAGGGUGGAAAAUAUCGGAAUAUGGCAGGAUAUGUUGGAGUUGAUGGGAGUGAUAGCUGUGAUUGUGAACUGCGCUCUAGUAGGCAUGUCUGGCCAGGUCCAUCGACUCUUCCCGAACAUGGGGCCAACAGAAACCAUCGUCUUCAUUGUAGUAUUAGAGCACAUCAUCCUUGCCUUCAAGUGUAGCAUAGCCUAUGCCAUUCCUGACAUUCCUUACUGGGUCGAGCAGCAGAUGGCUAAAUGGGAGUUUGGUCGAAGGGAAGCAUUGAAGCGCUUCCAAUCAAAAAGUACGAAAGAAAAAGCCCAAUCGUUGAACCAUUCCAGCAGUAACGAGUCGUGUCCAUCUGAUACAAAUAAGGUCAAGAAGUCAUGAUCAAGGGAGGAAAAGUAAUUUGGUGAUGUCAAGCGGGAUUAUCAGCACCGACUAAUGAGUCUCGGAUGUUGACGGACUCGUUCAACAGACUUGCCCUUGCCGCCAAUGAGACGACCUCAUGCCGGAAUGUAUGACUGUCUGGUUGUGCGAAGGGAUCGUUUCGCCACUGUAUCUCUGGAAUUUGUCAUAGCUAACCAUGACGAUAAAUGUUUGUAGUCUUCACCCCAGAAUCAAUCAUUCAAAACGUUUGAUAUCUUUUUCGAUGAUGCGCGAGUGGAACAAUAAGAUAAUUUUGAGAGGUCGACAGCAAUAAAAUCAAAAUGAGAUAAAUAAAGUAACAUUUCCAUUCUUGAAGUGUUCUGUCCUGCAUCUUUGUCGUUGUGGUAUUGAAAACAAUGUGUUUGUCUCCGUCUCAGAAGUUUAGACACUUUUCAAAGUGAAUGCCUUUGUUGUAAAAUGUUAACUCAAUGAGGAGACUGCUCGCGAUUGGUAUGUCAUAACCAGAUUUGGUUGACUGCGGAUUUGUGGUUUAUUACUCUAUCCUUAAUGGAACCACUGUUGAUGCUGUCAAUGUGCCAUAACAGAUUAUGAGUAUCUGGAUAAUAAAGGGUCAUGGGUGGGGCAAAAACUGCCUCAGGAUAUGACCCAGAAUUGGGACAUAUAAAUUACAUAAGUUAUUAACCAUACUGUUAUCGUUUUAUCACUGCCAUAAUAUUUGUUUUCUUUCUCCUCUUUCUCCUCCUUUUGGUGUCAAUUAAUUCUCCAGAUAUUUGUAUAUAAGUAUUUUUCUAUUCCUCUGUGGAUUGUCAGAAAUGUUAUGGUUUCCAAAUAAAGAAACACCUUCAAAAGA